AUGAUCCAAACAAAACAACCCUACUUUGAAGUAUUAAGCGCUAAGUCUGAUUAGGACUCAGAGUUUUUCAUCAAUGGAAACUCUUUGAGAAAUUCUUUGUACGCGGAUUAAACCAAUUUGACUGUCAACUAAAAGCUCAGUCUAAGUUUGAGUAGAAUUUCAUCAAGCCACAAUCUUUCAUUCAAUAUUUGUGAUAAUACAUUCAGCAUAAUUUAGGAUAUUAAUGACUUAAAAGAAAAAGAUAAAUCAAUGAGUCUCAACAUAAAUCUGGAAUCAAUUGUUUUGAAAGAAUCUGAAAUACAGCAUCUUGCAGAUAAAUUAAAAGACUACAGUGAUCAUAUAGUUUGUUCUUCAAUAAAUUUAAAUAAUACUUAAAUUGCUGACAAAGGUUUAAAAUUAAUUUGCUAAUCACUUAAAGACUUCAAAAACUUGACUAAGCUCCAUAUCAGUCUGCAAAGCAAUAAUAUUACAGAUGAAGGACUUUGCUGCUUAUGGAAAUCAAUCAACAAUUUAUGCAAUCUAAAAGAUCUUGAAAUUGACUUAAGCUACAAUGAAAUUUCAGGUUCUUUAUAUUCAAAUUGUUUUGGGAUUGAAACUUACGCAAAAAUACUUAAGUGCUGUUUCAUGUCCUCUCCCUGUGAAACAAGCGAAAUCUUGUUUUCUCCUGAUUUAGUCAGACUUUCAAUUAACUUAGAGGCGAAUUAGAUUACUUCCAAAGGAAUCAAAAAUAUCAUAUAGAGUAUUAAAGUAUGCAAAGGUCUGAUAGAUUUGAAUCUUAACCUUAGAAAAAACAAUCUUGAUUGCUUUUCUUUGCUAGAAUUAAGUGAAGCCAUAGGAUAGAACUAACUUAAUAUUUUACAUUUAGAUAUUGGAAGUAACAAAAUUGCUUUCCAAGAUGCUAACAACAUUUUAUAUUAUUUAAGUAAAAACGCUUUCUUGCAUACACUUUCCUUAGAUUUAUAAGGAUGCGUUAAAAAAGACUGCAAGUCUUCAGGUAAAACUUUAGACCAAGAAUAACAAUCUUACUUUAAAAGCUUAGAUUAAAUUGAUUUGCGUCUUGGUUGGAACAAUUUGAAUGCAGAUAACUUAAGUGAAUUAAUAAAUAAAUUCAAAUUCAACGACAAGGUUGCAAAAGUACAAAUAGAUUUAACAUGCAAUAAUUUACCUGAUAAAGCAGUUCUUUAAUUAAUGGAAAAUAUCAGCGCAUGUAAAAAACUCAGAUAUCUAAAUCUGAAUCUUAAAAAAAAUCAAAUUAAUGACAAAGCACUCAUUAAGAUCGGGGAAGUAGUAACUACUCUUAAAAAACUGAAAACUUUAUCAUUAAAUUGCGAAUUUAGCAACUUGACUACAGCAGCAUUGGAUUCACUAAACCUUGAUAUUUAAUUAUGCAUCAAUAUAAAAGAACUUUCAUUAAAUUUAUUACAAAGCAAUCUCACUGAUUAAAAAUAUGAAAAGACAGCUAAAAAAAUGUAAAGAUGCCACAAUUCGAUCGAAUUGAGAGUAGCUUUUAAUACAAAAAUUGAAAUGCCUAAAACAAAUUAAUUCAAAAAUUCUUUGUCUAGAGUGAAUUCCCCUGCUAAAUUUAUUUGCUAAAAUGAAAUAAAAGCCUAAUGA